CCCGCGUGGAUUAUCCGGUCGGAAGAGGUGGUUCGAUAUGAAAUAAUCGCAGCGGGAAGCUUUUGGUCCGUCUAUCGAGCGAGAUGGUCGCACACUGACGUGGUUGUGAAGGAGAUCGAAGUGACUUCGGGCAAGGAGAAGAAGCGGUUCCUCAAGGAGGUGAAGCUCUGGUCAGAGCUGCGCCACGACAACAUCGUGCCGUUCUUCGAUGCCAGUCUCUCUGAGGACAAGUUCUUCAUCGUGUCCAAGCUGGCUGCAAACGGAACACUGAGUAGCUACCUGCAGUCCGUAAAGGGCGUGACAUGGAGGAUGAUGUUCCAGGUCGCAGCUGGGCUCCAGUAUCUACACGACCACGAGAUCAUCCACGGAGACCUGAAAGGCAACAACAUUGUCGUGAGCAAGAACGGCACUGCGAUGCUGACGGAUUUCGGCUUCAGCUUCCUCGACUCUGGGUCCUGCUCCGUCAUGAAGAUGAGAGAUCAUUUGGGGGCGUUGCAAUGGCGCGCACCAGAAUUUGUGGUAAACACAGCGGGGAGACCGACGUUUGCGUCCGACGUUUACUCGCUGGGAAUGUGUAUCAUUGCCGCUGUCAAUGGCACAGAGAAUCCGUGGGGAGAUUUCGACUCGGAUACGGUUCGUAAGUGCCUUCGUAACCGGGAGAUCCGCGUUGAGAAGCCGGGAGCUAUGACAGCAAGCCAAUGGGGUCUGGUGAAGCAAAUGAUCGCGUACGACACCUGCGAUCGCCCUGAGCUGAAGAACGUGCUGGAGGAAUUG